CGCGACAGCGAUCGCGGGAGCGACGGAAGGCGAUCAAUGCGAUCUCGCGGCGGGUGUGCCCGCUUUUCGCCCUGCUACCGUUCCCGUUCCCAUUCGCGUUUCUCGCCGCCCGUUUGCCGCGCCGCGCCACGCCGUAGCGGUAGAAACCGUGCAUCGCGUUAAUAAUCUGAACGCCCUCCUGGUGAGACCGGAACGAGACGCCGCCCGUCUCGCGCGACUCUCGCGGGGCUUGCCAAUUCGAUCGCGCGUUUCCGCUCUCCGCGAGGAGAGCCCUCCCUCCCCCUCCUCCCCCGCGUAAGGACGACGGAGUGAGAUCAUCGGCGGCGACGACGUUGAAUCGAACGUACGACGACGCGCGUUCCGAUCGGCUGACGAGCGCCCGAAUCCCUUGCGGAUCCUCCCGACGUGUCCCGGCGACGUCCGAGUACUCCGAGUGCUUCUCCCGCGGGCAUCGAUACAGCGUAAUCCUUUCGACGCUUUUCUGAAUACGAAGUGACAAUGAGACUUACCGUGUAUAUUGUUUCCACGCUGGUGCUUGGAGCAUCAGCCAUAAUACGUGUCCCGGAUACCGUAGAAGUUCAAUCGCCGCCACGAAUAUCUAAACAGCCGCCAACGGACGAGCAGCUGUUUCAAGUGGCUCAAGCAAAAGUCAAUGAGAAUGAUAAACCAUUUCUAAUUGAGUGCGAAGCGGAAGGAGAGCCAGUUCCAACGUAUCGUUGGAUUAAAAAUGGAAAGAACUUUGAAUGGCCGGCGUAUGACGAUCGCAUUUCUCAACAACCUGGUAGAGGCACAUUGGUAAUCUCGAGACCGAGAGACGAGGACUUGGGACAGUACCAAUGCUUCGCCGAGAAUGAAUGGGGCAUAGCUACAUCGAAUUCGGUGUUUGUCCGAAAAGCUGAAUUAAAUUCGUUUAAGGAUGAAAGUCCAAUGACCUUGAGCGCGAACGAGGGUUCCCCCUUCAAACUUACCUGCCAGCCACCUGAUGGCUGGCCCAAACCAAAUGUUUAUUGGCUGAUUCAGGAUAUCUCUGGUGGUAUUAAGUCAAUCAAUAACUCGAGGAUGACUCUCGAUCCGGAAGGUAAUCUCUGGUUCAGCAAUGUCACGAGAAACGAUGCUUCGGAUGACUUUUAUUAUGCCUGCGCUGCCACAUCUGUGUUCAGAAACGAAUACAAAGUUGGCAAUAAGGUUUUGCUAAACGUAAUUUCUACGGGCGCGUCCGCCGGUCAGAACAAACAUCCUCCUGAGAGGCAAUACGUUAGCAGGAAGAACGAAGUUGCUCUGCGUGGUAAGAAGGUAGAACUGUACUGUAUAUUUGGAGGAACGCCUUUGCCGCAAAUAGUUUGGAGCAAAAAUGGUCAUUUGCUCAAGCCGAGUGAUAGAAUAACUCAAGGAAAUUAUGGCAAAUCUCUCAUUAUAAAACAUGUCAAUUUUGAGGAUGAGGGAAAAUACACCUGCGAGGCAUCGAACGGAGUGGGAUCAGCUCAGUCAUAUUCGAUAAGCCUGCAAGUAAUGGCCGUGCCAUAUUUCACCGUUGAGCCAGAGUUCGUGAAUGCUGCGGAGGAUGAGACUGUAGAGAUCAGAUGUGAGGCUAGCGGAGUGCCUGUUCCCGAGAUCAAGUGGAUCCACAACGGUAAACCGAUUUCUGAAGCACCGCCGAACAUUAGAAGGAAGGUCACGCCAAAUUCCAUUAUUAUCGAGAGACUGGUGAAAAAAGAUACAGGAAAUUACGGGUGCAACGCUACCAAUUCAUUGGGAUACGUUUAUAAGGAUGUAUAUGUGAACGUGUUGGCGCUCUAUCCGGAUAUCACGCAACCGCCCACGGACUUGAGCACGGUCGAUGGCAAAACCAUCCGGAUCACGUGCCGCGUUUUCGGUGCGCCUAAGCCCGAGGUCAAGUGGGUUAGGAACGGACUAGAAUUAACCGGCGGCCGUUACAAGACCCUGGAUGUAGGUGAUUUAGAGAUCGAGAACGUGAUAUUCCUGGACGCCGGUAUUUACACGUGUUACGCUUCCAAUAAAUUCGGUAAGGUGAAUGCGUCCGCUAGUUUGAUAGUGAAAGAGCACACCAAGAUAACGGAUAAACCGGAGGACUACGAGGUAGCAGCAGGUUCUACUGCCACAUUCAGGUGCAAUGCCGUUGGUGAUCCGACUCUACCUCUAACCAUAGACUGGCUGAGUAAUGGUGAACCAAUAGAUUUCGAGAUGGAACCGAGAUUCGUACGAAGCACCGAUUAUUCUUUAAUGAUCACAAAGACGACUGAAUUAGAUUCCGGUAUCUACACAUGUGUCGCCCGUACUGAUCUCGACGAAACGAGAGCACAAGCGACGCUGAUAGUUCAGGAUGUACCUAAUGCGCCGCGAUUAGUCAGCAUCAAGUGCAAGUCCAACUCGGCUAUGGUUGAAUGGAUACCUAUGGGAGAUAACAGAGCUCCUAUUCUGCGUUACACGAUUCAAUACAAUACUACUUUUACACCAGAUACUUGGGAGAUAUCCAGAGAUCACGUCCCAGCUACGGAUUUGAGAUACGAAGUACCUAUGUCACCUUGGGCUAAUUAUACAUUCCGCGUCCUUGCAUGGAAUAAAAUUGGUCCUUCUCUACCGUCACCACACAGCGAGGUUUGUACCACCGAACCGGACGUUCCUUACAAAAAUCCGGACAAUGUUAUGGGCAAGGGUACAACGCCGCAAAAUUUGGUUAUUUUAUGGACCACCAUGCCGCAGAUAGAGCACAAUGGGCCCAAAUUUCUAUACAAGAUAUUUUACAGAAGAGAUAUACCAGGUGAAAACUGGGUUACAGUUGAUGUACAUGAUUGGAGGAAAAAUAAUGUGCUGGUGGAAAAUCAACCUACUUAUCAGAAAUACAGAAUUAAAGUCGUUGCAAUAAACGAGAAAGGAGAAUGUAGAAUUCCAGCUGAGGAAGUUAUCGGAUAUUCCGGAGAAGACGUACCUCUACAAGCACCUGGUAAUUUUACACUAAAUCAAAUAAAAUCUGGUACAACCGCUCAGCUGUCGUGGAGUUCGGUACCUGAGGAUACGGUAAGGGGCGAAUUGCAAGGAUACAAAAUUCAAACAUGGACGGACAAAGACGGCGAGAAGGGAAUGCGCGAGAUUGAUAUUCGUGGUGGAAAUAAAACGCAUGCUUUAAUCACGAAAUUCGUUCCAUAUAGCAAAAAUUUCGCAAGAAUACUUGCUUACAACGGCAGGUAUGCCGGUCCUUCGUCUGAGACAUUAAGCUUUGACAUGCCAGAAGGAGUACCAGGAACAGUACUCAGUCUCGAAGCAUUCCCCAUGGGAUCCAGUGCGCUGUUUUUAGUGUGGACGCGGCCCGCGGAACCGAACGGUAUAUUAACCGGAUAUAAAAUUUAUUAUCAAGUUGUGAACGGCACAAAGUUGGGAACGUUACUUGAGAGAAAACCGCAUGUUACGGAUCCACAAGCUACGAGUGCCAAAUUAGCCGCACUAGCGCCCGACACGAUAUAUCGCGUUCACAUACGUGCCACAACCAGGGUCGGUGAAGGCAAUGAUUAUUUUAUUGAGCAAAAGACAAGAACGUCUCAACGACCUGACGUCCCACACUUUACAUGGGAAACCGUACCAGUGGAGAAUGGAUAUUCAAACGUAAGGGUCAUUUGGUUGCCGAAUUUGAACGGUAAUCCGGGAAGCCAUUUCUUCGUCAAGUAUAAGCUGAAAGGCGAAACGAUAUUUAUGGAAACAAAGCCCGAGUUCCAAUCGACAUACAUUGAGAUUCGUGGUCUUCAAAGUGGUGAAGUUUACAUAAUGUCGGUUGUUGCUGUUGACGGAGAUUACCUGAGCGAGAGUGCCCCUAAAGAAGUAGAGACGAGUAGCGAAGGACCAAUUAUUCAACCGAAGGAAAAUGUUGCGACAGCCGGCUGGUUUAUUGGGAUGAUGCUAGCAAUUGCCAUCCUUCUUUUGGUGCUGAUAAUUGUUUGCGUGAUUAAACGAAACAGAGGUGGAAAGUACGCGGUCCAUGAGCGUGAAUUGGCCGCCGGUCGCGGAGAUUAUCCCGAUGAGGGUGGAUUCCACGAGUAUUCGCAACCGUUAGACACCAAAUCGGCUGGCGGACGUGCAUCCUUGGCAUCUUCUUCUCAUCAGGAUGGUAAACAUCCUGAAUCUGAUACUGAUUCCAUGGCGGAAUAUGGUGAUGGUGAUACAGGGCGUUUUACGGAGGAUGGAUCCUUCAUCGGACAAUACGGACCUAAAGGUAGACCAGAGGAAACACCACCCAUUCCGACUGGUACUAUGGCCACGUACGUGUAACAUCCGCAACUAACUUAAUCAAAGCCGCAUAAAAAAUUUUUUCUCGUUACGGUCAAGGAUCCGCCCGAUCCUUGGUUAUUGCAGCAGCUCUGCUAUGCACCUUGCGCUGGGCGCAAUGUCCAACACUAUACUGCCAAUUAGACUCUGGGUUUUGGGUUUUAUAGUUUCUGUAGGAACCAUGACUGUCUUUUAUAAUCAUCCAAAAUACUGUAAAUCUUCAAUAAUUGUGAUUUUGAGUUUUUUAAUCAAUUAAAAUACUACGAACAUUCCAAACUUUUUAACCUUUUUUUUUUAGAUUUUUUUUACAACGGAAGUGUAGUAUGUAAAAGAUUAAUUUCUCAUUAUGAUAAUUAUUUACUUUAUAUUAUCAAACAAAUGUUAACGAUUAAUCAUAUCUCUAUUUUAAUUAUAAAACCCAAGAACAUUAUAGGUGUUUCAUAGCGUGCAAGCUAUUUAUGGAAAUAGUAUUGUAGAAACUAUUCUAAUAGCAUUGACCGUAAUAUCUUUGACAAAGCCAGGUUGAAAUAGACACUCCAAUUGGUGACAGAGGUAUACGAGUUGCAUCCGUGUUAUUCCAAACUCGUGGAAAUGUAAAGUACUUUUAAGACUGCAUGUAGUAUCCAAUGUAUUUUACAAUAUGAUCUCUAAAUUUUUCGCGUUGGUUUUUAGUUUUAUGAACGUGUGCAUAUCUCUUCUAAUAUAACGUGAAAUAUAGCGUUGUAAUUAAAACAAAUUGGAAAUUGAUUUGAUUAAAAGUGAGCAUUGCUUAUGAUACAAGUACUGAGUCGUUUUUAAAAUUUGUUUAUGCCAAAAUAAUUUUUUAUUUAUACUUUGUCAAUAGAAAUUUGUUUUUUUUUAUUCUCCAACAGUACAUAUUAUAUUAUAAUAUAAGAGAAGACAUUUUGCAACAUUGAAAUAAUCUAAACAAAUAUGAACAAUAACAUUUUUAAAUAAAUGACAUUGAAACAUUAUGUAUAAAUGUAAUAGAAGGAAAUUAUUUUUAAGAAAAGUUUAAGUACAUGUAUAAAUAAGCAAAAAGACUGCAAAAUUCAGUUUCAAAAUUCUUAUAUUAUAUUAACGUGUUACAUUGACCGACUGUAUAUUAAAAUAUAUCUACAAGGAAUUAAAUAUUGGUGCCUACAUUGGAUUUAUAAAUACCUGCAGUAACUAUUACUUAUGUCUAACACGCGAUUUGCAAAAGUGAUUCCUUGCUUUAAAUGGAAUAUAGUGUGAUUUUCGUGAUAAGCGCUUGAACAAAAGAAAAUAAAAAUCAUAAAAUCGUAAUCAUUGAAAUUGAUAUAAUAAAAUAGGAAAUGCUUGAAAAUUGUUUGCUGUUUCACAUGCAUAAAUUAAACUAAAUUAUUGAAUUGAAUAUUAAAUUAUUAAAAGUAAUAACACGAUUUUUAUAAUAUAUUAAAAUUAUCUAAUUUUUUAUUUGAAAUAGGGAUGCUUAAUAUAUUAACGAGUAACAUUACAUAUUAACAUGCAAUCUUGUGUAAAAAUAAAAAAUUUGUAAAUGAUGUAGUGUCGCAAUCUGGCUUCGACUGAUUUUAACUUUAAUCUCGUAAUGGACAGUUACACUAAGAACCUUUAGCCGCGAUGAAUUUUUACUCUGCCGAAAAAGGGCCAAAUCUAACUGAACGAAUAAUAAUCUAUAAUUAUCAUGCACUUUACACUUUCAUUAUUAACAAACACACUUUACACACACACGUGGGCGCGUGUAUGCGCGAAAACAAUAAGGAUAUGCGAGAGAUAGUAAAGAAUAUUAAAGUAAUAUUAAAAAGAAGAUUGUAUAUGCACUACAAGUAGAUAACAGAAAUCGCAAGGCCUCUAUAAGUAAUUGUUGCUUUUGUAUGUGAAACAUGCUUCGACGAAAACCCUUUUAUUUUUAUGAGAGUUUACUUUGCUUUUUGGUAAUUUUAUUAUAAUCCAAUAAUUCUAAGGUAAUGCUAUAUUAUUUAAUAUAUGAAGAUAUUAAAUAUAUAUAAAUAUAUAUAGAGAGAGAGAGAAGAAAAAAGAGAGAGACAUUAUAUAUAUAUAUUAAUUAUGAAUUAUUAUGCGAGUAAUUCUUAAAAAGAUACGCGACGAUCACAACAGAGCAACUAUAAUUAUUAUUACUUAGUGUAUGGGAUGUUAAAAUUUGUUUAGACCUUUAAGUACAAUUUGUACAAUUUGUUUAGAUAACCGUUAAGUUAAAUGUAGUCAAUGCGAUGUACAGGUUGUCUGCAAAAGUGUCGCAAGCAAAUAUGUCAGGUACAAAGAUAAAGUGAAAGAAAGAUAGGUACAAAGUGUAUAAUAUUUAUAUACAUACAUAUGUGCGAAAAAUCACGAAGUAUAGUAUUCUUAAAUGAUAUAUCUUAUACCGGACAGGAUUUUUUCAAGAUAAAUUCUUAUACAAAGGACGUUCUUAUACUGGAUACAGAAUUAUUCUUCUAAUUGAAAUAUAUUUGUUACGGUCUUUUUUGCCGAACAUCCUGUACAAGUGACUUGGACGUCACAUAAGAUUAAGAUUUCUUUCUAUUGGAUUGAGUCAUAAAUAAUUUCCUAGUAAAUUUUCCCCAUAUAUUCAUCUUUUUGAGAAAUCCCUUAAAUAAAUCACCGUGGCGAAUGACUUUUGUUUCCUCAAAUAACCACUCAUUCUUUUAAAACAUGAAGUUAAACAAUGGCAUUGCGACCUUAACAGUCGGACAUCCAUUUCUUCUCUAUUUAUGUGGCGCCGUCUCGCACAUAUAAAGACGAAAUAGCUCUUAUACACAUUUAUCCCUCUAAUCUUUUACUACACAAUCAAAAUUUAUAAGCGACAAAUGGGCUUUAAAAAUCUUGAAUAUAUUUGACCCGAUCACGUCCGCAACCGCGCACAGCUAUUUUCAAAAAUUUUUCAGGAUAAGAAAUUUUUAAACACACGUUUUUUCGCCAUACUAUGAACUGUUUAAAAAUUCAUUAUCGAAAGAAAACGGAUGAAGGUGUAAAGCGUGAUUUGACAAAAAAUAGAAUGGAAAGGCAUUUGCCACGUGAUACUUUGGGAAUUCGAAUUAUAGGGAUAAUGCUACAGCAGCAGCUGAAAAAAUAUUCAGCGCAUGCUGUGGCGACGGUUUGACAAACAUGGAAUCGGUUUCCAUCGGUUUCUUUCUCCACAUGUGAUUUUAAAAGAGUUAAUGGUAGCUCGUAUUUCUGACUUUAACGAAGUGACAAAAGGCCAAAACUCACGUCACAUGAUCCAGGUCCACAAAAAGAAAUUCUACAAAAAAAUUAAACAGAAAUAUGUAUGAAAAUAGAAAAACAAAAGAAAUGGAAGUUACUUGUAACUCGAUCCAAUCCGUAUUAUUGGCUUAUCGUAAUAAGAAAUGAGCGUUUUCGUAUUAUAUAUCCGUUAUGAUGUUAUUACAUAUUGACGUUAAAAAAAAAGCUUGCGUUAAUUAGGUAAACCGUAAACUUCUAUGACGGUUGCGACGAUAAAGACUGGGCAAGCAGUGACACGUUCUCAACCGAAGAAAUUAUUUAUGAGUUCACCCGAUGCGAUGCUAUGUAAUUUGUAGACUUAUGGUGUGCGUACGUACCAUAAACGAAACGUAAUAACGGGCGAUAUUAACGAUAUACGAGUUAAUCUAAUAUCGCCGGUGCACAAUCAAUAGUACAACUGUGCAAUCUCUGAACUUGCAAUCGAAACCGCAAUUACCUAUAUAGACAAGUAUAAGAUUGCAUUCUCGGAUCAAUAUCUCUAACGUGCGACUGCUGGAGCAAUAACCGUGACGAAAUUGACGAAGUGUUUCGAAUCUCGAUGUCCAAGUCACACAUACACAACACAUGCACACACGAGCGCGUUUACAUUCUUAGAGUAUUUUUCUAUUGCGCUAGAUAUUUAUCGAUAUUUACCGAAAUAUAGCGAGAUUCAUUCAUUCUGCACCGUUGAACCAUCAGUUAGACGCGUUGACAGCUAAUGUUGUAUACAUAUAUAUAUACAAACUUCCAAACUUUCGCACCUCGUAUUUUCGUACGCUGUAUUAUUUUUUUGUAUUUCUUUUUUUUUAUAAUUUUAUACUUUGUAUAGAAAAAAGCAUUUGCGUUUAUUGCGCGAUCCUAUCUAUAAUAGACGCGCGCUUUGCGGCAGCCAUCGGUCUUUCGACUGUGUUUCUGAGGUAUUUGCGUUACCUCGACGAAGGGCGAGAAUAUCUAUUGCUAUUCUGCUUGAUAUUAGAAUGCGUUUGACAAGGGAAACGAUUCGUGACUUAUUAAAGAGUGUUCAUUGUAUAACGAGCACACGUUACUCCGAAAAAAAGUCUUGACUCUUUUUAUAGUGCAUUUUCUAUUGAAUCUCAAUUAUUUUGUAAUAUACAAAGUGUUCAUUCGAUUAGCUCAAUCGUGAUCAUAUUACGCAUCAUAUUGACUGUCCUGUUGUUAAGUGGAACAAACGAAGAUAGAUUCUAUCAAGUUGUUAAUAAUUAACGUAUCUCUCAACUUUCCAACUUCAAUACUCGUCGAACAUUCGUUACUUAAAGGUGUUGCAAUCGUCGUUCAAGGGCGAUCUGCUAUAAGAAGAGUCGACGCGAAAACAAUGAAUCUCAAUGAUAUAACUCAACGUGUGCCCGUUUACCGUGCGAAUCCUUCAUUGUAUAUUAUCCCGAUAUUACUGAUAUGCCGAUGUAUUUUUCGCCGUUUAUAAUAUUACAUAUGCAGCUAUAAAGAGAGCGCAUUUUGUGUAUUCUCGCAUCGGCAUCGCGGUUUUAGAUAAUUUUUCUACGAGAUAAAAAAAAAUGCAAAAUACAGUCUAGAAAUAAUGCGCAGGGCCGUCCACUCGUGGCGCUUUGAAUAAUCGCAAACUUUUAUCGAAAAUCACGCAGAACUACUACAAGCAAUACAAAGGGCAUAAAUGGCCUAACUUUCAUCGUGAACAUUUUCAUCCUCACGCAAGGGAGUUAACGCAUAAACGCUCGCGCGCGCGCGCGCGAUCGGAUGGGCCACCCUGUAUUGAAUCUCAUCUUCUCGUAAAGCAGCGAUUACCCAAGACCAGACGUCACUACGUUGUAUAAUAAUUAAGCGAAUAAUUGUGUCUCUUAAUUUUUAAGUUACUCAUUCACGAACGCGAUCGCAUUGAUACGCAUCCUGCAUAUUUGCCCGCAUAACUCCCAUGUCAGAAAAAGAGAAUAAAAAAAAACAAAGGAAAUUCACAAAA